AUGUGGCGGCUCCGGUGCCAGGCGGAGAACGGGACGCACGUGCUGCAGGGCCUGUGGAGCGGGUCCCGGGUGUGGGAGCUGGAGCGGCAGAUCGCCGCCGUCACCGGCAUCGCCCCCGGCGGGCAGCGCAUCCUGGUGGGCUUCCCGCCCGCCUGCCUCCGCCUCGGAGACGCGCACGCCGCCCUCGGGGACCUGCCCCUCAAGUCCGGAGAUACCCUGAUCGUAGAAGAGGACAGAGACGUGGCCAAGACUCCAUCUCCUGCAGUCAUGAAACACGGGGCUCCCAGUUCUGUCAGGGACGCUCUGCCCGUACUCGCCAGGAAAGUGGUCCCGGCCGACAAUUCCUGUCUCUUCACCAGCGUGUUCUAUGUGGUGGAAGGGGGAGUCCUGGACCCGGCCUGUGCCCCUGAGAUGCGCAGCCUGAUCGCGCAGAUAGUGGCCAGUGAUCCCGAGUUCUACUGCGAGGCGGUCCUGGGGAAAACAAAUCGAGAGUACUGCGACUGGAUCCGGAGGGACGAUACUUGGGGGCGGUGCCAUCGAGGUAUCCUCUUAUCGAAGUUCUAUCAGUGCGAAUUCUGCGUCGUGGACACCCAGACGGUCAGAAUCGACCGCUUCGGGGAAGACGCCGGCUACACCAAGAGGGUCCUGCUGAUUUACGACGGCAUCCACUACGAUCCGCUCCAGCGUGUCUUCUGCGACCCCGGACACCCCCCUCUGACCAUCUUCUCCUCGAACGACGACGUCGUUCUCGCGCAGGCGUUGGAGUUGGCCGACGAGGCCAGGAGGAAGAGGCUGGUUCCGACGUGAAACCGCUUCACCCUGAGGUGCAUGGUGUGCCAGAAGGGGUUGACCGGCCAGGCGGAAGCAAGGGAGCAUGCCAAGGAGACCGGCCAUACCAACUUCGGCGAGGUGUGACCUGAGCGUGACGCCGAGGGAUUUGAGUCUACUACCUCACCGAUCCAGAAGGCUCUGGGUUUUCCAAUAAGCUAUACGUCAAACCCGAAAGACAAACCGACCAGAAUGCUUGAAACACCCUUUUAACUUAAGAUCGCCAAGACACUUGAAGUUCCAGUUAACGCUCCAAUUAAAACCAGUGUACGAGUUUA